CAUAGGGAGUGGACUAUAAAUGCGAGCAGAACCUCUGCAGAGGUCUCGGUUGGUUUGGACAGGGUGCGGUAGUUCGUGAAAGUAGACGCUGACUUCAACAAUACCCCAGAACUAAAGGAUUACAAUGGCCAGCCGAACAAACACAUCUUCUUACAAAAGGAUGUUCGGUGGGGAGCGACCAGCGAUGGUUCGGUCCACUUACUCCAGCCGGCAGUACAGCAGCCCGGUGCGCACCACCUCUCGCGUGUCCUACAGCAGCGCGUCCUCCGCGUCUCCAUCCAUCUACAUGAGCAAGGGCGCGAGGGUGCGCAGCAGCGCGCCGCUGCCCAGACUCGCCACCGAGACGCUGGACUUCGGGCUCGCCGACGCCAUCAACACCGAGUUUAAAACCAACCGAACCAACGAGAAAGCGGAGAUGCAGCAUCUCAACGACAGGUUUGCCAGUUACAUAGAUAAAGUGAGAUUUCUGGAGCAGCAGAAUAAGAUCUUGAUCGCGGAGCUGGAGCAGAUGCGGGGCAAAGGCUCGUCCCGGGUCGGUGAUCUGUACGAGGAUGAGAUGAGAGAACUGAGGCGACAAGUGGACCAGCUCACCAACGAGAAGGCCACAGUGGAGGUGGACCGGGACAAUCUGGGAGAGGACAUCGAGCGCCUCAAAGAGAAACUUCAAGAAGAGAUGCUCCAGAGAGAGGAUGCGGAGAACACCCUUCGGGGCUUCAGACAGGAUGUUGAUAACGCCUCCCUGGCUCGUCUGGAUCUGGAGAGAAAAGUGGAAUCCUUGCAAGAAGAGAUUGCUUUCUUGAAGAAGCUUCAUGAUGAGGAACUUGCCGAACUGCAGAUUCAGAUCCAGGAACAGCAUGUGCAGAUUGAUAUGGAGGUGGCCAAACCUGACCUCACCGCUGCCCUGAAAGACGUCCGGCAGCAGUACGAGACUCUGGCUUCCAGGAACCUCCAGGAGUCUGAGGAAUGGUACAAAUCCAAGUUUGCUGACCUGUCAGAAGCUGCUGCCCGUAACAACGAAGCGAUUCGUCUGGCCAAGCAGGAGGCCAAUGACUAUCGCCGCCAACUUCAGUCUCUCACCUGCGACUUAGAAGCUCUUAAAGGAACUAAUGAGUCCCUGGAGCGUCAGCUGAGAGAGAUGGAAGAUAACUUCUCCAUGGAGGCAUCUGGUUACCAGGACACCAUCGCUCGUCUAGAGGACGACAUCCGCAACAUGAAGGAUGAGAUGGCGCGCCAUCUACGUGAAUACCAGGAUCUGCUGAACGUUAAAAUGGCCCUGGAUAUUGAGAUCGCCACCUACAGGAAGCUGCUGGAAGGGGAAGAAAGCAGGAUCACCACACCAUUCCCCAACCUCUCAUCAUUAACCCUUCGAGAGACCAUGAAGGAAACCAGACCUGCGAUGGACAGCCUGUCAAAGAAAGUGGUGAUAAAGACCAUCGAGACCAGAGAUGGACAUAUAAUCAACGAGUCCUCCCAAAAUGAUGAUCUGGAAUGAGCCGCAUGUGAACAUGUGACCAGUAGUGGCACUAGAGAGCUGAAGAUCCAUGCUGGAGUAGGACGAAGAGGAAUGGAGUUUCUUUUGUUGUUUCUGUUGAGAGUAAAAUAGAAAAACAGCUUUAAAGUGCCUUUUUUUGCAUUGCCACAUUAGAGCGGUCUGUUGAUAGAGCUGUAUUAGAGCUGAAAAGAUAACGUAGGCCACUGAAUAAGCCAGCUUUAUCCAGGUUUAUGUUUACCACGAUGUCUGUAGUUUACACUGUUGAAGACCACAGCAAUACUGCUACACCUUUUCUUGUUUUGUAUAAUUGUCGCAAAUGACCAAAAACUUGAUGAACUCGUCUCUCUUCCACCACAAGAAGACCAAACUGUCGACAAAUUUCCACAAAUUCAAUAAACCUUUUAAAGAAUAA